UCAAGAAGUCAUUUCAGCAGUAUUCUCAGUAUGUUUCUUUACGUCCGGGUAAUUGAAUUAUUCAUAGAUCAUCUUGAAAUAAUAGAUUUAAUUGCAUGACUGUUGCCUUCAUCAGAGAGAAUUCAUUUCUUUUUUUAUGCGUGUCUUUGAAACUGUGCCUUGGCACCACAGAUUUCUCUUUUAAUUUAAUGAAAUCAUACAUUAUUUAAUAUUUGAAAUGUGAUUGAUUUUUGUGAUAGCACGUGUACCAAGGGCUGUCAGACAAAUUUAAUUCUAGCUCCAAACAUGCUUUAUUAGAUGAAUUAGGGUUCCUAAAUAGCCUCAUGACGUGGACUUCCAUAAAUGGUGUGUAGGCUUGGCUUGGGUAAGUGGAUUAGACAUUAUCUGCUUCUCCCGCUCUUUGUACCGAGCCCAGCAUUGACCAAAUGAGCUGUGGACUCAGUCAUGGACACAGUCAAUUUGGUUUGGCAGACCUGACUGUUUAUGGCUGCUGUGAGCCUGAGUCAUCUGAACAUUAACUUUUUGGUUAGGUUACUGGUGCCUUCUGGAUCAAAUCUGUCAUUACUCCUUGGACACUUAACAUUGACACUGAAUGAAUCCCACAAAUGAAUAAUGACAAUCAAAAAAACAGUGAUGGAUGUAUUAAGACAUUUUUCAGCUUUUGCACAUUGUCAAAAACACUUUCACCAGAAAUAGGAGGUUGGAAAAUAGUCUCAUGUUUAAUUUUCCCCCAUGCACAAGAAAUGUUUCCAACAUCAAACAGCUGCUCCAGUCUUGUCCUGUAUAGUGAUGUAAUUAUUCUAAACAGGAUGUAAUUUAACACCAAUCCCUGUUACCCAGCAGCACAGGUCUUUUCAUCGAUGAACAUUAUUAAUAAAACGCCAGAAAGCCACUGUUCUUCGCUCCAUCUCUGUCAGGCAGCAACGCCACCACAACAAAAUGGCAUUUCAGUUAAUAAUUGCCUGACCCUGCGUUCUCUAGGUCAGCUGGAGAGCAGCACCAAACCCAAACUCAAAUCAUGAAAAAGGAAGAACUGUCUCUUUGAGGGAACACUCAUUAUUAAAGUGGGUUUUUUUAGAGUGAAUAUAUUGUGGCUGUGCAUGAAAACACUUGGCGAUAUCCAGCUAAAUGGUUAAAUUAAAGUUACAGGAUGAAAAGGGAGGCUGGUUUGUACAAAGGUAACCAGUUUAAAAGCCACAUAAUGACACUCUGAUCAAUGGCAUGUUUUAAUAUCUAGACCUACACUAUUCUGUCUGGUAAAUCCUCUUACAACUCGUGCCCACUUCACCCCCCCCCCCUUUUUUUUUUUCAGUGGUGUGUGAUUGUCAUGAUGGAUAAUACUGUUCCUUCCUGUGCCAGCAAGUAUGACUGAUGAAAAUCUAGAUGAGGAGGAGAGCAGGCUUAGGGAGGGGGAAGGAAAGAGGCAGGAGAGAGGGAGUGAGGGAGGGCCAAUUAUCUUAUUGUUUAACCCACUCAAGGUAGAAGCCCAUCAAUCUGAAACCACUUGCUCAAAUGACUCAUGUUCAGGCUUUCUAAAAGUUUAAUUGGCUUAUAUAAUUAACACUGAGGGGAAAGACAUAUGUGUGAUGUAACUUAGAGGGGAAAAAAAUGAGUGUGUGCCAGGGCUCAUAGAUUUGAAGUGACAGGAUUGAAGUAAGUAAACCAAGACACCACAAACCACAAACCUCACAAUAAUUAACCUCCUGAUAUUUUUUGUAUCAUUUAAAAAAAAAAAAAAUCUGGAAAUAGAAAAUUAUCUGGAAAUAUAAUGAAUUUUAUGGAUUGUUUUUCUAUCUCUGUGUCCCUGAGCUGGUGUGUUUGGCUGUAAUUUAGGCACCACUGGCACCUUUGGGUGCAGCAGGCUGCUUGCUUUGCGGAGGAAGCACCACCUGACAGGCGGGGGGCGUGUCAAACCGUGGCUGCUGCUGCUCUCCGAUCUGUGUCACCUUCACUGAUACCUGUCCUACUUUUUACCUGCACCCCUCGGCGAUGACAAUACAGUCGAAGAGCGGUGCAGUCUAAGCCAUGAGUCAGUUUCGGGCGUUAGCGGGUGUGCUGAGGGGUGGGUGUGCUGGGGGAAGCCAGUGGCUGCGAGGGCGUGGAGGGGGCCCGGCCAGGCGCUGGGUUGAUCUAAGGAGAGGCUGCUCCUCUGGGGCUGCACCUGUCCCCUCAGCAGUGGCCAGCAGCUCCAGCUAUGUGGAGGAGAUGUACUUUGCCUGGCUGGAGGAUCAUAAAAACGUCCACGAGUCUUGGGAUGCAUUCUUCCGCAACAUCCAGGCCUCCAGUCCGUCUGGCGAGGCGGGAGAGAGACGCCCCUCUGCUCUGCUCCAGGGCCGAGUGCUGUCCCACUCACCAGACAUGACACAGAAAGUGGUGGAGGACCACCUGGCUGUACACACUCUCAUUAGAGCCUACCAGAUCCGUGGUCACCACGUUGCCCAGUUAGAUCCUCUGGGAAUCCUGGAGGCUGACCUGGACUCCUUCGUUCCGUCUGAUCUGAUCACCACCAUUGACAAAUUAGGUUUCUACGGUCUUGAUGAGUCUGACUUGGACAGGAGCUUCCAGCUGCCUCCUACCACCUUCAUCGGAGGAGAAAACACCACUCUUCCUCUGAGAGAAAUCAUACGCAGACUAGAGACAUCCUACUGCGGUCACAUUGGAGUCGAAUUCAUGUUCAUCAACAACGUGGACCAGUGUCAGUGGAUUCGUCAGAAAUUUGAGACUCCGGGAAUCAUGCAGUUCACUAAUGCUGAGAAGAGAACUCUGCUCGCCCGCCUGAUCAGAUCCACACGGUUUGAGGACUUCCUGGCCAGGAAGUGGUCAUCAGAGAAACGUUUUGGUCUAGAGGGCUGUGAAGUGCUCAUCCCUGCUCUUAAAACCAUCAUUGACAAAUCGAGUGCUGCGGGCAUCGACAGUGUGAUCAUGGGGAUGCCUCAUCGGGGUCGACUGAAUGUUCUCGCUAAUGUGAUCCGUAAGGAUCUGGACCAGAUUUUCUGCCAGUUCGACCCCAAGUUAGAGGCUGCUGAUGAGGGUUCGGGUGAUGUCAAAUACCAUCUUGGAAUGUACCACGAAAGGAUUAACCGCGAGACAGACAAGGACAUCACGCUGUCACUCAUGGCAAACCCCUCCCACCUGGAGGCAGUGGACCCAGUGGUAAUGGGCAAGGCCAAAGCUGAGCAGUUCUACAGAGGAGACACCCAGGGAAAGAAGGUCAUGUCCAUCUUGAUGCACGGUGACGCUGCGUUUGCUGGACAAGGAGUUGUGUAUGAGACCUUCCACUUAAGUGAGCUUCCCUCCUACACGACACAUGGUACAAUCCACGUGGUGGUCAAUAACCAGAUUGGCUUCACCACAGACCCUCGAGUUGCCCGCUCCUCUCACUACCCCACCGAUGUGGCUCGCGUUGUCAACGCACCCAUCUUCCACGUGAACGCCGAUGACCCCGAGGCUGUCAUGUACGUGUGUCAGGUGGCUGCAGAGUGGAGGAACACCUUCAACAAGGAUGUGGUCAUUGACCUGGUUUCUUACAGACGGUUUGGCCAUAAUGAGAUGGACGAGCCCAUGUUCACCCAGCCGCUGAUGUACAAACAGAUCCGUCGGCAGGAGCAUGUGCUGAAAAAGUACUCUGACAAGCUCAUUUCUGAGGGAGUGGUGACACUGCAGGAAUUUGAGGAAGAGGUUGCCAAAUAUGACAAGAUAUGUGAGGAGGCAUACACCAGCUCCAAGGAUGAAAAGAUCUUACACAUUCGACACUGGCUCGACUCCCCCUGGCCAGAUUUCUUCACAGCGGAGGGAGAGCCCAGGAGCAUGAGCUGUGUCCCCAGCGGACUGGAGGAGGAGGUUCUGCAGCACAUUGGCCACACAGCCAGCUCAGUGCCCCUGGAAGAUUUUAAGAUCCACCCCGGUGUGUCUCGUAUCCUGCGUGGUCGAGCUGACCUGGUGAAGAAUCGGCAGAUGGACUGGGCUCUAGGAGAGUACAUGGCCUUCGGUUCCCUUCUCAAAGAUGGCAUUCAUGUGCGGCUCAGCGGGCAGGAUGUAGAACGGGGCACCUUUAGUCACCGUCAUCAUGUUCUGCACGACCAAGAAGUGGACAAACGUAUCUGUGUUCCAAUGAACCACCUGUGGGCCAACCAGGCUCCUUACACUGUCUGCAACAGCUCCUUGUCAGAGUACGGAGUGCUAGGUUUUGAGCUUGGCUUUGCCAUGGCCAGCCCCAAUGCUCUGAUCCUAUGGGAGGCCCAGUUCGGAGACUUUCACAACACAGCCCAGUGUAUCAUCGACCAGUUCAUCAGCUCAGGCCAGGCCAAGUGGGUCCGCAACAAUGGUAUUAUCCUCCUGCUGCCACAUGGGAUGGAGGGAAUGGGUCCAGAACAUUCAUCAGCUCGACCUGAGCGCUUUCUGCAGAUGAGCAAUGAUGACCCUGAUCACUUCCCUGAGUUUAAUGGAGAUUUUGAAGUCCAGCAGCUGCAUGACUGUAACUGGAUCGUAGUCAACUGCUCCACGCCUGCUAACUACUGUCAUGUGCUCAGACGACAGAUUCUGCUGCCAUUCAGAAAACCGCUGAUUAUUUUCACUCCAAAAUCUCUGCUGAGGCACCCGGAUGCAAGGUCCAGUUUUGAUGACCUCGCCAAAGGCACUAAAUUCAAGAGGCUGAUUCCUGAUCAGGGUCCUGCGAGUCAAAACCCAGGGCAAGUGAAGAGGGUGAUCUUCUGCACUGGCAAAGUCUACUAUGAACUGGCUAAAGAGAGGAAACAGCAAACCCUGGAGAAAGAUGUCACCAUCAUCAGACUUGAACAGAUCGCUCCGUUCCCAUUUGACCUGGUCAGAGCGGAGGCGGAGAAAUAUGCCAACGCGGAGCUGGUCUGGUGUCAGGAGGAGCACAAAAACAUGGGUUACUACGAUUACGUCCGGCCACGUUUCCUCACAGUGAUGGCCAACAGGAAACCCAUCUGGUAUGUGGGACGGGACCCUGCAGCCGCGCCUGCGACAGGGAACAAGUCCACCCACCUGAAUGAGCUGAGGAGGUUCAUGGACACUGCUUUCAACCUGAGCGCCUUCCAGGGGAAGGACUUGUAAUGGAGAUCUGAAAUGAGAACCAGGCUGGAGGUGCAGUUUCAUCUCCGACCACCAUAGUCUAUUUAUUCUAUGAAGUCUUCACAUGGCACAGUUUUACAACUCUUAUAGAUUUGUGACAAUCUGAAGCAUAGUCUUAGUAAGCGUCAUUCUAACCCCUGAUAACCUUAUGUGAAAGAUUAGUCUGCAGCACUAGCUGAUUUAUGCUUGAAUCAGUCUACACAAUAUUUACGUCUGUAGAGAUGGUCACCGCAACAGAUUAAGAGAUCAUGAUUUUGUUCCGACUUGAACGAGAUCUGUGUCAGACUACAUGUUGAAUCCCAACCAGUCAUACUGUAGCUUGCAGACCUUCAUGACCUGCAACAGCUGUGGUGUCAGAGGCGUCAUGGAGGACACUGAAGAUGUUAUUAAAGUAGGUGGAAGAUGACAAAAAAUACUACUACCACUACUACUACAUGCAAGUCUUUCUAUGAUAUGUCCUAUAUGCAGAAUCAGUUGUCUUUCUGUAAUGCACUAAUGUAAUGCAUUUGACAGAGCAGCAAAUUGUUGUGGCCAGUAUUCAUUGCUAUUCCCUGGCCAUGCCCCAUGUCAAAUCAAAUCAUGUCAUUUUUAUUUAUAUAUCCCAAAAUCACCCUCUGUCAACCUUUAUCUUUAUUCCCUGAAUUUGGAGAGGGAAAACCUCCACAUGUAGGCUGAUCCCAGCUUUACUGCAACAAUCUGCACUUUAUUCAACCAACACUAUUCAGCAAAGGGCCUUUAUGGUCGUUUUGGUACAGUACAGUGUGUGUUUAUAGAGUGUUGUCUAAAGGGAACUAGACACAUUUCAGCCUCUACAGGGUGCUAAACCUCCAACACCGUGAUUUCAAAAUAAAGGUUACUUGCAAAAUUAUUCUACAAACAUUAAAUAUAAUCACUCCAUCACAGAAUUUUCACUUGAGCACCUACUGUAGAUAAGUGGUGAAGUAAUAACAGUACCUCCAAUAACAUUCACACACCAAAAUUCAAAUUUGUGACAAUCACUGUUUUAUGCAAUAGCUUUAGUACUGUAGAUAGCUCCAUUGCUUUUAUGCAGAAUACUAUUGUAAAUUUAUAGUAUUGAUUCACAUUUGUAUUGAUUUUUGUAAAUGAUGACCAGAUGCACACAAAACACUGACCGUUGUACUUAAGCACUGAAUGUAUAUCACAUAUCACCGAUAUGAAGACUGUUCUCAAAUUAAACACAGCAGUAGGUUUUCUGCCUGUAUUUACGUGGGCUACCUUAGCUGUAAAUGAAAGAGAGUUUGUUGUCACACCUCACUUCACCAGGAGACAUGAGCCAGCUGGCAUAGAGACUUGCAGCCAUGUUUUCUACUUAGGACAUAAGGCUCGGCUUCCUCUUCAGAGGCUGAGGGAUGCACACACACACACACACACACACACACACACACACACAAACACAGCAAAGCCUUGGAUGCUUUGAGAGCAAUAUUGACGCUUGGUUGUCAAAUUAAAAUCCCCAGGUAUUUAACAGAAUUGAUAUUAGUUACUUCUCUGCUUUGUAAUGCUCCGUAAAAUUAUGCCUCUUGUUUAACUGUACUGUAGCUUUCCUUUUCCACUUACAGCUGAAGAUUUAACCAUAAGCCAUGCACAAACAUCAGCUUCCAUAUUAAAUGACUUUAUAGGUUUAUGUAUUGUACUUAAUUAAUAGAAGAAAAAUACGUCCACAUAUCUGUUUGGGUACUGAAACAUACGCACAGCUUGAUGAGGUUGUACUAACACUAGGAAUAAUGACACAUACAAUAAAAUAUCUUUAAGAUCAAUAA